CCGAAAUCGCCGCCAGCAUGGGAGCCGGCGGUGAUCCCGAUCAGCGGGCUCUUCAGAUGUCCAGGUAUCUCGGUCUGAUACUUAUUAUCACGGCUUUUACGUAUGCAUACGGUGCCAGUAAGUGCGAGGGUAAUGGUCUAGGUUUAAAAUAUGUUUGGGGAGACGCACUAACUGAUUCCAAUGACUGCAUAGGACCGAAUAACAUGCAGUACCCCUCCGCCGCGAUAUCGAGGAGCUUUAAGAACCUCUGGGCGGGCAGUAGUCGAACCGCGCGAUCGCAUCAGCCACGGACGAUUGAUCCCGAACUGACGAGGCAGGCGCUUUUGCACAACUACAAAGCGGCUCACGGGGAUUAUUCUAUCGCCGGAAGCUCCCGGAAAGGCCGUGUGAUUUCCGCGAAGGAAAGUUGCGGCUCGCCUGCCAGACUCUGUAAAACAAGGUACAAUACCACGGCGCCUAUGUACGGCAUCAGCCUCACCAGUGGACAACCAGUAACGAUCGUACAGAAGUUUCCCGAUCUCCUGCAGCAGGUCGUCUUCGAAGUCUGCGAAUCGAAGGAAUGCGACGUGGUUCACGGCGAGUGCACGCAGACCUACGUACCGUACCUGUUUCUGGUGAUUCCCCUCGGUCCGGUGACCUUGACCGGCCAGGAUUACGUGCUGGUGGAGAGCGGUUGCGUCUGCAAGCCGAGAAAUUCGGCUAGCGCGUCCAGCGACACGCCGCCGGCCGUUCCGAGCUUCUAA